AUUUUUAUAGAAAUUUUGUAAAAGAUGAAGAUAUUAAUGAAUAUUCCCCCAUAUUUGACGAUUUCACAACGGAGUGGAUCGGUGAUCAAGAAUUCUCGGUUGCCUCCUUUAAUGAAGGGUAAUUAAUGACACAUUCAAUGCCUCAUAAAUAAGAGUUGAUUUCCAGGAAUAAAAAGAUGGGACUUACACAUGAUAUAUUAAUUAAUGUUGUAGAGAUUUUAUGGGUAAGGAGGGCACAAACAGAAAAAGAAAGCUAGAAGUGGACUUUUCCUGUGAAGGACAAAGUCAGGCAAAGAAACCGAGAUUGAGCGAGGAGAACCUUAUCCUCUCCACAUUCAGGUAUAUACAUAUGUGUGAGAAUUUUCCGGAAAAAUUCCAAAAAUUCGAGCUGAAGAUGAUAACCUCUUCUGAAUCCUCUUUUUCGAAACCCUCUGAUGAGACUCCAAACUCCCAACCCUCUGAUGAAACUCCGAACUCCCAACCCUCUGAUGAAACUCCGAACUCCCAACCAACAGAGGAAAUCUCAAAUAACUCGACCAUCUCAACCCCCAAACCUACAGAUGAGGAUUCACAAAUCAGGAGAUUGAUCAGUACUCCCCCCAGUCUCCUGAAUUAUUUAUUCCAGCUCCAACAACGCAAUAUGUAUUGCAACCGGAGCUUUUAGCAUUAGCUGAAUUGGUCGACUCCAUGAGAGUCGACCUUUUACAAACAUCCACUUUAAUUAGUUAUAUACAAGAUUAUGCAAGCAGAUUGGAUUUUAGAAAACAGUAAUGUUGUUAUAACUAUUGUAGAACUUAUUCGAUAGAAUUAAAAUUUAAACACCAACAACGCACAAAACUCUUUGCUGUUGUAUUGUCUGUCACGACAUUAUGUUAAUCGGAGUUUUCUUUUUUUGU